CUGGUGCUUCAGGCCAGGGCUUUAACCCGCUGUGCCACAGCGCCAGCCCCGGAACAAUACUUUUAAGAUUUGGCCUGGGCUUUCCCAAGAACAUGAACAGCGCUGUGGUGGGGAAGCAGAGCCCGGGACUGCACAUUUCAUAGACAGCUCAGUGCGCCAGGAAGUCAGAACAGCCUGCUGACGGUCCUGACCCACCUUUCUCUGAAGGAGACUCCCUGGUGAAGAAUGUCCGAUGCCGAAGAAACCCCCCCAGAAGAAAGGGAAGGACACAGAGAGACAGAGAUGGAAGAAGACAACGCCGACGCUGAAGAAGUAGAUGAUUCCCGCCCGGAAUCAGAAGAGGACACGUUAGCAUGGAGGGGGUCACAGGAGGAGGAGGCGGGGGAGAAGGAGGAGGAAGAGGAGAGGGAGGAGGAGGAGGAAGAGGAGAGGGAGGAGGAGGAAGAGGAGAGGGAGGAGGAGGAAGAGGAUGGGGAGAAGGGAGAGGAGAAGGUGGGGGAGGGGGAAGAGGAGGAGGAGGAAGAAGAGGAAGAGGUGGGGGAGGAGGAGGAGAGUGAGGAGGACACUGAAGGAAUACAGAAGAAAACCUCCGUGAAGCGCCGGGAGUUCAAGUUGAAGAAAAUUGCCGGUGACUCUCAGUCGGUCCUGUCGGGCAGCUUCUUAAGAAGCCAUAAAGGUAGCAAGGCCAAGUAUUCGUUCCAGUCAGGGAGCUCCAUGACGGAUGAGCUCUCCCGAGGCCCGAGCUUGCAAUACGAGCUUCUUGACUUGGAGCCAGGCAGCUCUGAGGAGCAGCAGGUUGGUCUUCAGGAGAGGCAGUCGGCAGGCAAGCUGGAAGAAUGGACCGACCAGGCACCGCACGACGGAGUGGGGCCCAAAACAGCUGAGGAACCCAUACAGGGAGAGAAGAGACGAGACAAGCGCGUGUCCUACUCCCUCUAUGAAGAAGUCAAAGAAUUCCCGUGCAGGGUGGCAGCCUCCAAGCAGUCCCAGGUGUCCACCUCCACGGAGGACGGUCUCUUCCAGAAGGCGUCCGCUCCGGAGGUGCAGCCCCUGACGGUGACCUGGACGUUCGGCUGGAACAGCUCGCUGCCCGUCUUCUACAUCCGCGAGGAGCGCCACAGGGUCCUCCUGUACGUCUGUGCUCACACGGUGGUCAUCUACAACACCUUCCGGAACAAGCAGCACCACCUGCAGGGCCACCCGAACGUCAUCUCCUGCCUGUGUGUCAGCGAAGACCGGCGCUGGAUUGCCACGGCGGACAAGGGGCCCGGCUGCCUGAUCAUCAUAUGGGACUCCUUCACAGGCAUCCCCGUGCACACCAUCUUUGACAGCUGCCCCGAUGGAAACGGCAUCAGGGCCAUAGCCAUCACGCGCGAUGCCAAGUACCUGGCCACCAUCUCAGAUGCCGAAAUCCAGAAAGUGUGCAUCUGGAAGUGGACGUUAGCGGUGGAGACGCCAGCGUGCACUCUGGAGCUCCCCAAAGAGUAUGGUUUCCAGAACUACCUUACCUUUAACCCAGCGAAUAAUAAGGAAUUGGUGAGCAAUAGCAAAACUCAAGCGAUAUAUUAUUCAUGGACGUUCAACAAGCUCGUGGGAAAAUUCAGCCAGUCUGUGUUUCACUUGCAUUUAACCCAAAUCCUCUCGGCCACGAUGGAAGGGAAGCUGGUGGUGUGGGACGUCCAGCGCCUGGGGGGCUCCCCCUGCAUCAAGCCGUGCAAGCUGGUGCACUUGCAGAGGGAGGGCAUCACGGUGCUCACCACCGUCGACAGCUACAUCGUCACGGGCGACAUCAGGGGCAACAUUAAGUUUUACGACCACACCCUGUCCAUCGUUAACUGGUACAGUCACUUCAAGCUGAGCGCCAUAAGAACGCUUUCCUUCUCCAAGACCCCAGCAGCUCCCCCUACGGAGAAAUCAAACUACCCUCCAGACUGCACCUUGAAAGGCGACUUUUUUGUUGUAAGGAACUUCAUCAUCGGGACCUCUGACGCCACCGUGUACCACCUAACCACAGACGGCACCAAGCUGGAGAAGCUGUUCGUGGAGGCCAAGGACGCCAUCUGUGCCAUCUCCUGCCACCCCUACCAGUCCCUCAUUGCCAUCGGGAGUGUGUGUGGGAUGAUCAAAGUGUGGGAUUAUGAAAAGAAAAAGUACCUCUUCAGCAGGGUCUUUGAGAAGGGCCUUGGAGUGCAGAGCCUGAGCUACAACCCGGAAGGAGCCCUCCUUGGAGCUGGCUUCACAGAGGGGACAGUUUACAUUCUCGAUGCCAUGUCCUUAGAAAACGAAAGCCGGAAGCCUUUCAAAUACUCCAGAAGCAACGUGACUCACAUCAGCUUCUCCCACGACUCUCAGUACAUGGCAACGGCCGAUGUGAACUUCACUGUGGCCGUGUUCAUGGUCGUGGUCAAAAACGGACAGAGGGUCUGGGAGUAUUUAGCAAGGCUCCGUUCUCAUCGCAAAAGCAUCCAAAGUCUCCUGUUUGGGGUCCACCUGGACAGCAAUGACCCCAGACUACUGAGCCUCGGGAGAGACAGGCUCUUGAUCGAGUACAAUCUUCGCAAGAGCUGCAAAGACCACCUGGAGGUGCUGGACAUCCAGCGCACUGAUCAGGGCAGCCGCCCCACCUGCAUGGUCUGGUACCCGCCCCUCACCAAGGAGCUCUUCCUGCUGGUCUGCAACAGCGGCUACAAAGUGAAGCUCUUCAACUCCACCACCAAAAUGUGCAGAAAGACGCUUCUUGGGCCGACUUUCGGUUCACCUAUCGAGCAGACCCAGGUCCUGCCGGCAAGAACUGCUAAGGAGCUGCAGAAGCGCUACUUGGUGUUCAUCAACAAGGACAAGGUUGGGCUGCAGAUCCUGCCAGUGGACGGCAACCCACACAAGACGUGGGCCAUUGUUUGCCACCCAAACGGGGUGGCCGGCAUGGCCCUUUCCUGUGAUGGCUCUUACGCCUUCACAGCAGGAGGCCACGAUCGCUCGGUUGUGCAGUGGAAAAUCAACCUGAGUGCCCUGGAUGCAGCGGUCUCCCUCGGGGGUGAGGACUUGACCCCGUUCUACGGCCUGGUGCCCGGCGGCAGGGAUGGCAAGUUCUACACGGAGCUCGAGGACUACUUCUACUACUCGCAGCUCCGCAGCCAGGGCAUCGACACGAUGGAGGGCCGGCAGGUGUCCGAGCACAUCUGCCUGUCGGAGCUGCCGUUCGUCAUGCGAGCCAUCGGCUUCUACCCGUCGGAAGAGAAGAUUGCGGAUAUGUUUAAUGAAAUCAAAUUUAGCGAGUAUGUAAACACUGGGAAGAUAAUUGACAAAAUCAACUUGCCAGAUUUCCUCAAAGUUUACCUCAAUCACAGGCCGCCUUUCGGUAACACCAUGAGUGGUAUUCAGCAGACCUUUGAGGUUCUGGGUUUCACCAAUUCCAAGGGACAGAAGGCUAUUCGAAGAGAGGAUUUCCUGAAACUGCUCCAGACUAAAGGUGAGCACAUGACCCAGGAGGAGAUGUCUGAUUGCUUCGCUACGCUGUUCGGCCUGAAUCCUGAGGGCUGGGGAUCAGAGCCCGCUGCCACCUCCGUCAAAGGAUCAGAAAUUUGCCUUGAAGAACUUCCAGAAGAAAUCACUGCAGAAAUAUUCACAACUGAAAUCCUUGGCUUGGCCAUUUCAGAAGAUUCCGAACAAAGUGGUCAGUGAAGUUGUGAGGAAUGUUCGAAGCCCAGAGGCACGCGUGCUGUGUGUGUGUGUGUGUGUGUGAUUUCUGCAUUUCCCUACCCACAUUCUGCUC